AUGUCGAACUCUUUGAAUGUAAAAAAAACUGGCCACUCCAGGAGUGUUGAUAAGGUCUCCCAUCAAUAUUCCAAGCAAAAGUACAAUACUAAUAAUAAACUUAAGGUUGCACCACUAACAAAGGCACGUCUAUCUUCUUCGUCAUCUUCUUCACUUAAAUCGUUCAAUAAGAAAUCAGCUUCCCCAGAAAAUGGCAACAUACAGGGACUCCCAUUGCAGGCAUCAUUAAAUAAGAAACCAGCGUCAGAUCGUCUUUAUCCUGCAGUAUCUGUCCCAUUCUCCAGUUUCAUCUUCCCUGAUACAAGAGCACUAUUCAACUUGAAUUUAAAAUCAUACAUGGAUUUAACAUACGAAGAAAUAAAAGUAGUCGGAUUCGAAUUAUACAUCAUUGAACAAUGGGCCCCUGAAAGGAAAUUAUCAACUAUAAUUACAUCCUUAACAGGAAAUAGUCAAGAUAUAAUUACAGCCAUAAGGGUAAUUUUACCUAGUGAUCCAAAGUUAUGGCCUGGUCGAUUCAAACAAUAUCAUGAGGAAUUAAUGGAAUUCUCACAACCACGUGUGACACCACAGGGGACAUUAUUUAUUUCUAAUUUGUCAAAUGUUAAUUCAAGUUUGAAUUUGAUACAUAUUGAAUGUGGAGAUUUAAGAAGUGUGUGGAUUUUGUUUAAGAUUAAUUUCAAUUUGAAAAUGCUGCAUUGUGCUGGGAGAUCAGCUGUUUUAUUGUCAUAUCCUUCAAGUUCAGCGAAGGAGAAAUUCUCGCAAGUUUAUAGGAUACCCAUUGAUAAAGGUCAAGCCCAACCCCCAGGGAGGUGGGCUUCAAUUAAUGAACGACUGAUGGUUCCUAAUUUCGAUACUACUGAUGGUAAUAAGGGACAACACUCAAGAAGCAUGGUGUCUGAUUUACUCCCUGUGUCAGGUUAUUAUCCAGUUAUAGAAUUGAUCAACAUAAUUCAAAUCUCAUUGGGUUAUUUUAAACUCCCCGUGGGCAAAAUCAUUAACGAUGGGUUAAUCUGUAACAUUACUAAAAAGGCCAUUGACGAAUGGUGGGAUUUAUAUGGGAAAUUAUAUCUCGGUGUGGAAAAACCAAGGAACGAAGCUACUUUGGGUCCCACUACGGUGGCAUCUUUGAUUAGUUUGGUAUUAAGUUGUUAUUUCAAACUAAUGGUUGAAGAUUGUAUAUCAUCAAAGGAUGCAUUUGAUGAACCCGAAUUCUUUAAUGGAAUUUAUAAUUUCCAAAGAAAAUAUGGGAUUACAACUCCAGGAACACAAGUAUGUCUCGAACAUAGAACAUUGGAAAAAUUGUUCGAAGUAUCAGCUAAAUUCUCAGCUGGUAACGUCACUGAUAUUUUUAAAAUGAAAAAAGUGGUGAAAUCAAGAGUACAUGAUAUAACAGGGAAAGGGAACCCCAUCCAUCUUUCUAAUGAAAUUUUGACCACCGAUCUGAAUACAUUGGUUAAUAAUAUCCACGGAGGAUCGCUGGGAUUAUUAUGGAAAGGAAAGGGCAAACCAAGAAGAAAAGCUGAUUUAUCGUCUAGUAUAAAUUUCUUAACUUUUAACUUUUCUCAUGGUAAUCCCAUGCAACAACUAAAAGAACAUGAAUUGAAUCUAUAUAAGUUGAAACAAGAUGAGAAAUUGAAAGAAAGGGCCUUACUUCAUAAUAAGUUACGAUUUCUAGAUAACAUUGAUGAUGCAACUGGUAAUAAUAAUCUAGUUGAUAGGCAAAGAGACCAAGACCUUGGAAGUUAUAAUGAAAGAGACUCCGAUAUGUUUUCCCUGGGAAGAUCAGACUUACGGAGAGUUCCCUUCUCAUCGGCAACGAUAUCAUCUAUGUUUUGUAAUUAUGAUCGGUCCAAAUAUCUUCGUAAUGCAGAUAUUAAUAAGAGAUAUCAAAAUGAAAUAUUUAGGCGUAAUUCAGUAGAUAGCGACAUCCAGAAGGCUGUUAAUCCUAAUAAACUUGAUCAUUAUUUUAAAGAUGGAAUAAGGUUACAUCGUUCAAAUUCUGCAUCCAAGAUACAAAAUGUUAUCGAAAGAUGGGAUCUGCCCUUUGAUUCCUCAGUGGUAAAAGUGGCAAGAGAUUUGCUUCGUAUUGAGGAUGAAUUACAUUUACAGCAGCAAGUUGAUGAAAAGGAAAAAGAGUUACAUGAUAAUAGGAUCAGUCAGGUAAAUGAUCGCGGCGAUGAGAAUCACGAUCAAGAUGUGGAAUUCGAUCAAGCGAUGAAAGCAUUACAAGAAAUAUAUCAGAAAUAUAUCAAGGGAGCAAAUACUUUUCAAGCAAAAUCAGAUAAUAUAGAAACCCAACAACAACUUUUACUAAAUGAAAUGCAUGAAUUGAAUUCUUUGACCUCGAAACUAAAAUAUGACGUCAGAAUCUUAGACCAUCGUGUCCGUGAUGUAGAAGAAAGUGUUAGUCAGUUUGAUACCAAGCUGAAAGCAGUAAGAAAAACGCUCGUUAUAAGAGAAAAAGGUCCGAAAGAUUUAACCCCUGAUAUGCAAAAUGAUAAACUCUUAUUUGAACAGUGUAUGAACAACUUAUUGAAAUCAGAAAAUACUCAAUAUCAGGGAGUAUGUUUAAAGGUUUUGAGCAAGGGAUUUUUUCAAGAAAUGAAAAGAGAUAUCCACGAAUGGUAUCAUUGGUUUUUUGGGAAAGCGCCCAACAAAUCGGUUAUUGAAAACGCAGAUGUUGAAAUUCAAUCCAUGCCUACCUGA